GCCUUGUGGGCGGAAGGCGCCUCCCUUCAAGGGGGCAGCGAGGGAAGUGUGUGGGGCGACUGGGAAGAACUCGGGGUCCCCAUGGCGGCGGCGGCGGCGGCGGCAGCGCCCGCAGGUAGUGGCUCCCGGGCCGCCCCCAACCCGGUGGCGACCCUCCACGAGGAGGCCGUGUGCGCCAUCUGCCUAGACUACUUCAUCGACCCGGUGUCCAUCGGCUGCGGCCACAACUUCUGCCGUGUGUGCAUCACUCAGCUGUGGGGCUCGGGCUCGGAGGAAGGGGACGACGCGGGCGCCUCCGGCUCGGACGGAGGGUACGGGCCCGGCUCCGACGCGGGCGCGGAUGACGGAGGGGUCGACGACCUGGGGCCGGAGGAGGACGCCGACGACGACGAAGACGACCUCGAGGACAACGAGUACUUGGAUGAUGGCGGGGACAUGGAAGAUGAGGAGGAGGAGGUUGUGUCCAGGGAGGAGGAGUUCGACGACGAGGAGGACGACGACGGGUGGGAUGAUGAAGAUGAGAGAGCGUACUGGGCCCAGGGCCCCGGGUCGGAUGACAUGUGGGACGAUGACAUGGGGAACGAUUUGCUGUUCGACAAUUACGAUGACGAGGAGGUUAUGGACGAGGAAGAGGAGCCGGAGGAUGAGUAUACCGUGCCAGCGACCCCGCCGACCCCCCAGAUGCGCCCAGCUUUCAGCUGCCCCCAGUGCCGCAAGGUUUUCCCUCGCCGCAGCUUCCGCCCCAACCUUCAGCUGGCCAAUAUGGUGCAGAUCAUCCGCCAGAUGCACCCGCAGCCGUUCAACUCCGUGGUGGCGUCCACGGAGGCCGUGGAACUGGCGGCAGCAGGGGAUUCAUCCGGAGCGCCAUCUGUGUUAGCAGCGGGGCGAGCUCCAAGUGCUGAGCGAACCCUGUGCGAGAAGCACCAGGAGCCCCUCAAGCUUUUCUGUGAGGCAGAUGAGGAGCCCAUCUGUGUUGUGUGCAGAGAAUCACGGGCCCAUAAGCACCACAGCGUCAUGCCGCUGGAAGAGGUUGUCCAAGAAUACAAGGCCAAACUUCAAGGUCACUUGGACCCACUGAAGAAGAAACUGGAGACUGUUAUGAAGCAGAAGUUGGUCGAACAGGAGAAAAUAGCAGACCUCAGGAACAAGAUGAAGCUCGAUAUGAAAGAGUUUGAGGCAGACUUUGAGCGGCUGCACCAGUUCCUCAUUGGGGAGCAGGCGCUGAUGCUGCACCAGCUGGAGGACCGCUAUGAGGUGCUGCUUGCCAGCCAGACUAACAAUGUCUCCCACCUUGAGGAGCAAGGUGCCGCCCUCAGCCGCCUCAUUGCAGAAGCGGAGGACAAGAGCAAGCAGGAUGGCUUGCAGAUGAUCAAGGACUUCAAAGGCACUUUAGUCAGGUGUGAGAACAUUAAGUUCCAGGAUCCAGAGAUGGUGCCAGUGGAUGCAGGAAAGAAAUACCGAAACUACUUCCUUAUAGACGUCUUAAUGAAGAAGAUGGAGAAGAUCUUCUGCCAAGUCCCUCAAGCUGAUUUGAUUCUGGACCCUGAGACGGCCCACCCGCGCCUCACCCUUUCCUCGGACUGCCUGGGCGUCCGGCUCGGAGAGCGCUGGCGGGACCUGCCUGACAGCCCCAAGCGCUUCGACUCCGACUACUGCGUUCUGGCCUUGCAGGGUUUCACCUACGGCCGCCACUACUGGGAAGUGGAGGUGGGGGGCCGGCGGGGAUGGGCUGUGGGGGUGGCCCGCGAAUCGGCCCGGCGCAAAGAGAAGUCCGGUGGCGGCUCCCACCAGAAGCGCGAGAUCUGGUGCGUGGGGACCAACGGCAAGAAGUACCAGGCUCUGACAACCACUGAGCAGACCUCCCUCUCCCCAUCCGAGAAGCUCCGCCGCUUCUGCGUCUACCUGGACUAUGAACGGGGCCAGCUGAGCUUCUACAAUGCCGAGAGCAUGGGCCAUAUCCAUACCUUCAACGCCUCGUUCCGCGAGCGCAUCUUCCCCUUCUUCCGCAUUCUUUCUAAGGGGACCCGCAUCAAAAUCUGCAAUUGAUACGGUUGCUGCUGUUUCUCUUGCACGUAGCUGAAUGCAACCCCCUCCCUAGCGAUAAAUCCUCCUGUCACAGCUGAUUGUCCCUGACAAGAUCCCGGGUCUGUUUCAGUGUUGGACCUUGGAGGAUUCCUUACCUUGCUGUCUUUUUGUGGGCUCGCUCUGAGCAGGGAUUCCCACCCCCACUUCUAUACAUCUAUUAUUGCACAGAUAACCUUUUUUUUGGUGCUUGGCCAGAUAAAUUUUUAAUUCUC